CAGUGGCGUGUGCUGCAACAAGAAGAGUGGCUCUAAUGGACUGUUCCUAAGCGCACUGAGAGUCCACCCGGAUUUUUCUCUGUAGAAACAUUUUUCUUUUCAAAUCAGAGGAGUUUUCUUUUCAUUUAGUGGGACUUAAUUUAUCUCUGUUGGACUCUACGCUCUUCUUUAGUCACCGCUUUGAGGAAUCUGUUUACAGUAGUUUUCUGAACUCCUGCGUGUUUUUGGCAGAGAGCAGAGGGGGUUGACAAAAGGCAAUUUUUAUCCCCUCUUUCCUCGGGAGGGCGGGAUAGAUGUAGCAGAGAGGUGCGGAUCACACAGCGGGUGAGGCUGCUGCGCCUUCGUGGCACCGCUGUGUCGCUGGAGUUAUGCGACAGAUUCUACAAUGAGGAGCGUUUAUUUUAAAGCCCGCAGCAAGUCAAGCAGUCAGCUUUGGAUCAUGGCUUUAGUCCGUCUCAGGUUGUAAGAAGAAAGAUCUGUGUGCACUGCAAGUGUCGGCGUGAAGAGCAUGCAGUGACAGUCAUGCCGGUGGAAAUGGAGAAGACGGUCACCAAGCUGAUGUACGACUUCCAGAGGAACUCAACCUCGGACGACGACUCAGGCUGUGCCCUGGAGGAGUAUGCCUGGGUGCCGCUGGGACUCAAACCUGAACAGGUUCAUCACUACUACAGCUCACUGCCUGAGGACAAGGUGCCCUACGUGAACAGCCCAGGAGAGAAAUACCGCAUCAAACAGCUGCUCUAUCAGCUUCCACCCCACGACAAUGAAGUACGAUACUGCAACAGCCUGGACGACGAGGAGAAGCGAGAACUCAAACUCUUCAGCAACCAGAGGAAGCGGGAGAACCUGGGCCGCGGAAACGUGCGUCCGUUCCCAGUGACGAUGAUGGGGGCCAUCUGCGAACAGUGUGGAGGCCAGAUAAAUGGUGGCGACAUCGCUGUGUUUGCCUCCCGGGCUGGCCACAGCGUCUGUUGGCACCCUGCCUGCUUCGUGUGCAGCACGUGCAAGGAGCUGUUGGUGGACCUCAUCUACUUCUACCAGGACGGGAAGAUCUACUGCGGCCGGCACCACGCUGAGAGACUGAAGCCGCGCUGCACGGCCUGCGACGAGAUCAUCUUUGCAGAUGAAUGCACCGAGGCGGAGGGCCGGCACUGGCACAUGAAGCACUUCUGCUGCUUCGAGUGUGAGACGGUGCUGGGGGGCCAGCGGUACAUCAUGAAGGAGGGACGGCCCUACUGCUGCUCCUGCUUCGAGUCUCUCUACGCUGAGUACUGUGACUCCUGUGGAGAGCACAUUGGAAUUGAUCAAGGCCAGAUGACGUAUGACGGGCAGCACUGGCACGCCACUGAGGGCUGUUUCUGUUGUGCCCGCUGUAAAUGCUCUCUGCUUGGUCGACCUUUCCUGCCCAAACAGGGGCAAAUCUUCUGCUCGCGCUCCUGCAGUCUGGGGGAAGAGCCCAACGGCUCUGAUUCCUCUGAUUCGGCCUUCCAAAGUGCUCGCUCCACACGGGAAUCUAGACGCAGCACCAAAACAUCAAAGAGCGACAGCGGCGUGCAGUCAGAGAGGUUUUCAGGCGAAGUGGACCCUCUGUCUUUACAAAUGGAUCUGCUUAGUCUUUCCAGCCAGACGCCCAGUUUGACCCGUGAGCCACCUUCCUGGCAGAACCAGGAGCAGAUGGGUGACGGUUACAAUUACGAGCCACAACCCGAUCCAGCUACCGACCCCUCUCCUCUCCAGCUUCUCAACCAGUGUAACGUAAGGAGUUCCUAUAACCCCACCUCCCCUGGACAGACUAAUCAACAGCAUGAUCACCGGAUCAAUGAGAACGGUGGUUUAAAGCGGCCCCCCAUCUCAGCGAUGAAGGGCCAGUCUCUCAAUGAGAGUUGGCUCCAGCAGGCAGCUCCAGAGGAGUACUGCCCACCCAAACUAAGGCCUCAAAAGAGCUUAACUGAAGUGCACCACAAUGGCUUUUCCUCAGACAAACGCUCCAUCAGUUUGCACGGGUUUCAGAGGGACAGAGAUCGGGGGCCUCAGACAACUGCUCAGGUGGCAAGAAGCAGAAACCCCAUUAAUGCACUUAACUUCACAGAACAGCUGACCCCACUGGAGCAGACCCCAAGAGGUUCCAUGGAGUCCUUGGCUUUGUCCAAUGCUACCGGCAACUCGGCGGACGGUGGAGGAAAGCAUCAGGAUCAACUCUCUCGUUUCUCCAUGCCCGACCUGAGCAAAGACUCUGGAAUGAAUGUUUCAGAGAAGAGCAACAUGGACACCCUGAACUCAUCCAUGCAGUUUCGUAGCUCAGAGUCUAUACACAGCCUCAAAACCAGCCAGUCCUACCUGGAAAUAACCCCCCCCAGGUCUUCCCAGUACCAAAUGCAGUAUUGCGACCCUCCAGGAAUGAGAGUUGGUGUAGGCAUGACUCAUUUACCUCCUGGCUUCACCUAUCAGGAGGAGGAGAGGAUGGUAAGCAGCGCUAAUGCUGCACGCUUGCCACCAAUCAGUGAAUGCAGAGUAAGCGGUGUUGGUGGACGAGGGGCGAGCAUCUGGACAGAUGCUCCAGAAGACACCUCUCAAAAGCGUCGGCACCAUCAUCACCGCCAGCGAAGAUCCCGCCGCUCUCGGUCUGAAAACGCUCUAAACCUGGUAGCUGAUCGUAGAGCAAGACCCCAAGAAAGACCACAGCUGAAUGUCAGAGAAGAUUAUGAUCGAUUCCCACCACCUAGGGGUGCUGGGGGCCAGUUUGGAGCUGGAGGACAGGGAAGAUACCAGCCCCAGGCCUUCAGGCAGUGCCCCAGAACCACUUCAGACCUAUGUUUGCAGAACCCUGCAGCUAACAGGCGCAGUGGAUUGAGCCAGUACUCCUGGGACGAGUAUUAUGAUGACGACUGGUGCUCCACCUGCUCUUCAUCCUCCGAAUCAGAGGAUGAGGGUUACUUCCUGGGUGAGCCCAUCCCCAGGCCCAUCCAGCUGCGCUACAUGAACAACCAGGAGAUGGUCCACAAGUACAACAACACAGGAAUGGGAGGACCCAACCGCAGCGGGCAGCUGCACACCCGCAAACGCAGAAAAAGCAAGAAUUGCAUUAUCUCUUAACAUCUGGACCUUUUCUACAGGACAUUUGUUUUUGUUUAGCUUGAGUACGCUAACAUCCUCCAUAAGAAACAAAGAAAUGUGUGUUUUUGAGUGCAAGUUAUCAAAUGGUUGAAAGUCAGUAAUGAAUUAAAGCUGGUAAACCAUAAAAAGGCAAUAAUAUUUGCAUGGUUGUUCAUUUUAAUAUUUCAGAUUUUCUAUGUGCAGUUUUGUCAGUGUUUAUCAAUAGCUGAUGUGCAAUUUCUCUUAAACAUAAUUUUCUUUCUUUGCUACAAAGAAGUACAUAACUUAGUCUGUUUGGUACAGUUUUAAGUUUUCAGUCAGUGUGACCUAGACUUAGGACCUUCUGUUCUAUUACAGUUAAUAACUUGUACAUUGAUAAAUGAAUUAUUAAUUUCAUCUAAAUUAAAAAAAAUGUAAAUAUGAUUGUAAAUGUGGGCCCAUAUUUUUAUUUUUUGUAAGGAUAGAAUGAGGUAAAUAUCUAAAAUGUAGAAGUAGAACAUAACUAAAACAACUUAUGCAUGUGUUGUUUGGCUGACUUGGUGCUGCGUUUGGAAUAAAGCAGUAUUUCAGAGCAUUGUGGAUCAACAGCUGGUGUUUCUGUGUAAAAAAAAAAAAAAAAAAAAAAAGGAACAACACAUAGGUGAUAAAGUGUGCAGCUCUUUUUCUUUAACCCGUUGAAUGCAUAUAAUGACUGACUGUGAGGGGACUGAUUAGAGUCAUCCUCCACUGGGUUGUUAGCUGGUGGUGGGUGCAGCAGUCACAGUCAUCACACUCUGUCCAUUGUCCUCCUGACAAAUUGAGAGAUUGUUACAUCAGCCUCACUGAGCCAACAAAAUGCCAACUAAAGGUCUGGAUGUUCAGAUAUUAAAACCAGGUAAUGUCAGACAUUCCUUUUCCCCUUAGAAGGGGUUUAUUGGUUUGUUUUUGUUCAAUGGCAUGCUCAUAUAAUAACUUUCAUAUCUGUCUGAGCUAUAUUUUUAGACCAGAGAUGUCAAACUCCAGUCUACCCAGGCCAAUGUGCUGCAACGUUUAGAUGUGUGUCUGCUUGAACCCACCUCAAUAAAAUGAUGCGGUUAUUACCAGGAUUCUGUGGACCAGAGAGACAUCUGAAAGUUGCAGGGCUGUUUUAGACACUUACAAAUGAAAAUAUGCUGCACACUAAAAUAAAAUCCUAGACUUUUUUUGUAGUCAAGUAUCCCUAUCAGAGAUCGCCCAAUCAGGAUUAUUUUUCUGCCCUAUUACAGUCAUUUAAGAAUAGGCAUUUGCUGACAAAACAUCCUAAUCUCAAAAUUGGUUAAAAUCAGUCAUUUGCAUAUGCAAUAGAAUGACAUGGUACAUUUCACUAGUAUUAACUCUGUCAUGAAUGAUGUUCAGAAUGGUGCAUUUUUGGACAUAUUUUGUCUCGUUUUUGCUGGACAGACCUAUGUUUUCAAUUGUAUAUUUGUCUUGCCAUGUAUAGUCUUCAAUAAACUUUCAUUUGGUUUCUGCUAA